CCAUGGCCACUUCUGUGCAGCAGUCUACCCAGGCCGGCAGUUCAGGGUCUGUAGGGUCAACGGUUCCGCAGACCCAGAGUCAGUCCGCUGGCGUUAUGGCGAGCCAGCCAUUAGUAUUGACCUCCGACGAGAUCGCCAUACAGCAGGCAGCCCUGCAGGAGGCACAACUAAAGUAUGCAUUAGGACACAUAAAAGCAGAGAAAGAAAGGAUGAUUAGAAGAAGAGCCAGGAUGCAGCGAAGAGAAGCGGACGUUAGCGAGUUAGAGGAGAUGGACCUGACGCACCUGACUGAUGAUGUGAGGCUCGUACGGUCCGUCCUGCUGAAUGUAGUUGAGAUGCAGGACCAUCAGACAACCAUCCUUCAGGACAUCCAGCAAAGUCUGGCCCUGUUGGCUGGGCGAGCGCAGGCAACGUCGCCAAUAUCCGGGCCUGGUGCCUGGCCCGUUGUACAUCCUCCUCCUUUUGUCCAACCGGUGACUGGGGUAUCCCCAUACGUAGCCCCAUCAUCGGUUGCGAUCAUUUCCCUGAGCAUGCCGCUAUCAGGAGGAGUAUCAGCAGGAACUAGUUUGCAGGUUCCUGUACAGACAGUGUUCACCCAAUCUCCGUUGCAGGUUGCGGUCACCACGCAGCCUGCUGUCUCGCAGCCUGUGCGGCCGCGGGGCACACAGUCCCAGCAGUUAGUACAGGGUCCACAGCCCGGAGUGAUGCACGGACCGGGACAAACACAGUGGGUUCCAAAGAUGGCCAUCGCCGCUCCGAAACCCUUCACAGGGGAUAAGAGAGGUGAAGACCUCGACCCGUGGCUGAGGGCAGUGCCAGUCUAUGUUAGGUGUAAACUUACCUUGCCGCACGAAGAAGUGCUUGUGGCUGCCUCCUACCUAAAGGGUAGUUCAGCAAGAUGGUUGAGUGGUUUGGUGCAGCUCCAGGGGUAUGGUCAUGACUUCCGCGCUUGGGCAGUCACCCGGAAAUUGGAUGACUUCCUUAACCUGGUGGAGGAAAGGUGGCAUGAUCCUCGGGAGGCCCAAAGGGCCACUGACGCAAUCCUGACACUGCACACGCGGCAGUUCAAGUCAGUAAGGGAAGCCACUGACGUUGUUGAGCGUCUGAUCUGUGAGGCCAACAUCAAUAUGCACAACUUUCCUUCGUUUAGCAAGAAGGCCCUAGACCUUGAAGCGAAGAUAGGGCAUGGACAGGCACCCACUACAGACGGAAACUGGAAGGCGAAGGGGCGCAUUAUGUUUGUCGAUAACGAUGGUUCUACCAUCGAGUUAGACGACAACUUCCAGGAAGGAGUAGGUGCAGAGGCGGGCAGCGUUGAAGCUUCAGGGGGUGGAGUUGUCGCUGUUGUAGCUCAGAAAGUCAUAGAGCAGUAUGACUUCGAGCCCCAGUACAUCAAGGGCGAGUACAACAAGCUUGUUGAUGCCUUGUCGCGUAGACCAGAUUUCUCUAGUGCGCUGAUCACUGAGUUUGGGCUUGCGGACAAUGUUACUCAGUCCAUGGUGGAAGCCUAUCGUGAGGAUCCGUUCAUGUCUGAGAUCAUCCGCAGACUCGAAGCGAAGGACAAAGUGACUUCUGCUGAGUUUGAGUUGGUCAACGGCUUGUUGUUCCUCGAUAAGGCUGGGAAUAAACGUUUGUGUGUUCCAAAUAGCGAGUCUUUGCGUAGUUUGUUUUUAGGAGAGUGCCAUGAUGCCACCGACCAUUUUGGGUACAAGAAGACCGCAGCCAAUCUGCUGCAGCGGUUCUGGUGGCCCACGAUGAUAUACGUGGAGACUUGUCAGGUCUGUCAAAGAGACAAGCCACGUACUCAAGCUCCUCUUGGGCUCUUGAAGGCCCUUCCGAUUCCGGAAAGGCCUCGUGAGAGUCUGUCCAUGGACUUCAUGGAUACUCUGGUCACCAGCAAGAGUGGGAUGAGACACAUCUUCGUGAUCGUGGAUACGUUUAGUAAAUGUGCUAGGUUGAUAGCUAUGCCGGAGACUGCGAAAACCGAGUAUGUAAUCAGACUGUUCAAAGAAAACCGGGUCAGGGAUUUUUGGUUGCCCAAGUCCACAAUGAGUGACAGGGAUGUCCGAUUUACCUGUGAGUUGUGGAAAGCCGCUGCUGCGGAACAGGGAACUCAGUUGCAAAUGACUUUUGGGAAUCACCCAGAGUCCAAUGGCCAAGUCGAGCAACUGAACCGCGUUGUUCAACACCUGUUGAGGCAUUACAUCGAGCCCAAUCAGGUGGACUGGGAUGAGAAGCUUGCUCUCAUCGCCAGCUUGUACAACAACGUUGUACACAGCGCCACCGGGGUGAGCCCAAACAGCUUACUGCUAACUUUCAAGCCUAGACUGCCCUUAGACUUUCUUCUUCCUGAGAAUCAGUCCACUGCUGCACCAGGUACCUUAGAAUUUGCUUAUCCGUAUGAACAGAAGAUGCAGCAGGCUGUAGAACAGAUGCAGAAGGCACAGGCUGCAAUGAUAGAGUCUGAAAAUAGACACCGUCGUCCUUUUACGUUUCAGGUUGGGGACAAAGUCUGGGUUAAGUCUUCAGAACUGGGACAGGAGCACGGGAUUUCCCGCACACUCAUGCCCCAAUACUUUGGACCCUGGGAAGUCUUGGACAUCGUUGGGACAGAUCCGGAUGGACCAUCUUAUGUUAUCCGGAUCCCUGGUCAUCUCCGAACUUACCCUGUCUUUCAUGCCUCCAAGCUUGCACCUUUCAAGGAAUGGAGAAGUGGACAUUGAUGACAUCAUGGAUCACAGGGAGAUGCCAGUUCAGAGACCUACAGGCAGGGGACGUUCUCCGAAACCGAAGCUGCAGUACCGC